GUCUUCAUCCUUGGCGUCAAUUUCCCCGAGCGGAAUCUGCUCAAGAAAUCCCUCGAAAACUUCUUCGGCAUAGGUAACAAUACCUCCUCUCGCCUCCUCGCCCGCUUCCACAUCCACCCAACCUGCCGCGUCAGCGAGCUAGCCAACAAGCAAGUCCUCGACCUGACCGCCGCGCUGUCGGACAUGAAGAUCGAGAAUGACCUACGCCGAGAAGUCCUGAAUGAUAUCAAGCGCUUAAAGGAGACGGGCACGUACCGGGGUCGGCGGCAUGCGUUGGGAUUGCCCGUGCGAGGCCAGAGGACGCGCACUCAGAUUAAAACGCCGGUUAAAUUGAACCGCAUGGAGCGCAAGCUCUAA